CGCCCGGCCCGGUGGGGCGAAGCGGCAGCCCGGGGGGAGCCAGUCCGCGCCUGACACGGGGGAAGACGAUGAAGCUGUAGAGAUGCUUCCCUACGUGAUCGCCACCCUGGGCUCAGCAGGGGCCACCUGCAAAGCUUCCACAUGCAACAACAGCACCAAGGACUACUGCUACAGUGCUCGCAUCCGCAGCACUGUGCUGCAGGGGCUGCCCUUCGGUGGGGUGCCCACUGUCCUAGCCCUCGACUUUAUGUGCUUUCUCGCACUUUUGUUUGUCUUUUCAAUUUUGCGUAAAGUUGCUUGGGACUAUGGACGCCUGGCCCUGGUGACUGAUGCUGACAGGCGCCGACGCUGGCAGACGGAGCGAGAGGAGCGGGAAUACGUAGCCUCCGCCCUGCACUCCGACAACCAUGACCGCUAUGAGCGCCUCACCUCCGUCUCCAGCUCUGUGGACUUCGACCAGAGGGACAACGGUUUCUGCUCCUGGCUGACAGCCAUCUUCAGGAUAAAGGAUGACGAGAUCCGAGACAAGUGUGGGGGUGAUGCAGUGCACUACCUGUCCUUCCAGAGGCACAUCAUCGGGCUGCUGGUGGCUGUGGGUGUGCUCUCUGUGGGCAUCGUGUUACCUGUCAACUUCUCAGGGGACCUGCUAGAAAACAACGCUUACAGCUUUGGGAGGACAACUAUCGCUAACCUGAAUUCUGGGAAUAACCUGCUGUGGCUGCACACGUCUUUUGCCUUCCUGUACCUGCUGCUGACGGUGUACAGCAUGCGCCGGCACACCUCCAAGAUGCGCUACAAAGAGGAUGACUUGGUUAAGCGAACUCUUUUCAUCAAUGGGAUCUCAAAAUAUGCUGAGCCAGAGAAGAUCAAGAAGCAUUUUGAGGAGGCCUACGCCAACUGCACCGUCCUGGAGGCCCGGCCCUGCUAUGACGUGGCCCGGCUGAUGUUCCUCGACGCGGAGAGGAAGAAAGCUGAGCGUGGGCGAAUCUACUUCACCAACCUGCAGAGCAAGGAGAACACCCCAUCCAUGAUCAAUCCCAAGCCCUGUGGCCACCUGUGCUGCUGUGUCAUCAGGGGCUGCGAGGAGGUGGAGGCCAUCGAGUACUACACCAAGCUGGAGGAGAAGCUCAAAGAUGACUACAAGCGGGAGAAGGAGAAGGUGAACGAAAAGCCUCUGGGGAUGGCCUUUGUCACCUUCCACAAUGAGACCAUCACAGCCAUAAUCCUCAAAGAUUUCAAUGCUUGUAAGUGCCAGGGCUGUGCAUGCCGUGGGGAGCCCAGGGCCUCCUCCUGCAGCGAGUCCCUCCACGUCUCCAACUGGACCGUCAGCUAUGCCCCUGACCCACAGAACAUCUACUGGGAACACCUUUCCAUCCGGGGCUUCAUCUGGUGGAUCCGCUGCCUUGUGAUCAACGUGGUCCUCUUCAUCCUCCUCUUCUUCCUCACCACCCCUGCUAUCAUCAUCACCACUAUGGACAAGUUCAAUGUCACCAAGCCUGUGGAGUACCUCAAUAACCCCAUCAUCACCCAGUUCUUCCCCACCCUGCUGCUGUGGUGCUUCUCGGCUCUGCUGCCCACCAUCGUGUAUUACUCUGCCUUCUUCGAAGCGCACUGGACCAGGUCUGGAGAGAACAGGACGACUAUGCACAAGUGUUACACCUUCCUCAUCUUCAUGGUCUUGCUGCUGCCAUCGCUGGGCCUGAGCAGCUUAGAUGUGUUUUUCCGCUGGUUGUUUGACAAAAAAUUCCUCGCUGAAGCUGCCGUGCGAUUUGAGUGUGUGUUCCUGCCGGACAACGGGGCCUUCUUCGUCAACUAUGUCAUCGCCUCUGCCUUCAUCGGGAAUGCCAUGGACCUGCUGCGCAUCCCCGGCUUGCUCAUGUACAUGAUACGCCUCUGCCUGGCCCGCUCGGCCGCCGAGCGGAGGAAUGUCAAACGACACCAGGCCUACGAGUUCCAGUUUGGGGCUGCUUAUGCCUGGAUGAUGUGCGUCUUCACUGUGGUCAUGACAUACAGCAUCACCUGCCCCAUCAUUGUCCCUUUUGGGCUCAUGUACAUGCUGCUUAAGCACCUGGUGGACCGAUACAACCUGUAUUAUGCUUACCUGCCUGCCAAGCUGGACAAGAAGAUCCAUUCAGGGGCUGUGAACCAGGUGGUGGCAGCCCCCAUCCUCUGCCUCUUCUGGCUUCUCUUCUUCUCCACCAUGCGCACAGGGUUCCUGGCCCCCACUUCCAUGUUCACCUUUGUGGUCCUUGUGAUCACCAUUGUGAUCUGCCUGUGUCACGUCUGCUUCGGGCACUUCAAAUACCUCAGCGCUCACAACUACAAGAUUGACCACACGGAGGUGGACACCAUAGAAAACAGGCAGAACGGGCGACCUGCCACCAGUCUGCCAGCUCCCAAAUCAGCUAAGUACAUCGCACAAGUGCUGCAGGACUCCUCGCCGGAGGGUGAAGCAAUGGAGUCGGAGGAGCAGGGGUCGCAGGAUGAGGAGCUCAUCAACGCAGAUGGCAUGAACGACACGGAUUUCCAGUCGUGUGAGGACAGGCUGAUAGAGAAUGAGAUCCACCAGUAGGGACCUCAGAGGGCGGGAGGGGAAGGAGGCUCAGGAGCGGGGCAGGCUGUGCGCGUGGAGACCUAGGGAGAGGCACCUGAGGGUGCUGGCCGCUGCCCUCGCCCACCCGCCCCCCGGGGCUGCUGCCUUCAGUGAGGGCAGGGGCCCUGCUGCAAGCUCUCCAUUUCCCUGCCCCUCCACCCCUGCGCCGGCCCGGCAGCUCAGCGGGCAUGCUCUUUACUAGCUACCUUUAAUGCGUCCCCGGACCCCAAAACCCCGGGGGCUGGGGAGGAGGGGGACUGUGACCCCCGCGGUGCUGCUCUGGACCUGCAGGGAGGAGGAAGGCUGGGUGCUUUGUGGGGAGGGGCACAAGGGGAACCUUUGGGGUCUUCUCAGCAGGCCCCUCUGUCCCCCGUCCUCCUGGCAAGAAACACUAAUAAUUUAUUGGAUUUACAGGAAGCUGAUAAACGAAAAGCUUUAGUCAGUGUAUUGGAAGCCUCACCUAGGGAGGGGGGUGGCUUUUGUUGCACCUUCUCCCUGUGCCUGUGCAUGCCCUUUCUCAACCCCUUGCAGCAUCCACUUGGUGUGACGUGCCAGGAGCCGGGCCAGGCGCAGGGGAUGGUGACUGAGACUUCCCCCCUGCACCCCCCAGGGGAGGUGACAGCCUGGCCUUGUGGUCAGGGGUGGCAUCACCCUGAGGAAGGGGCACAGGGCUGGCGUGAGCUGGGCAGCCCCUCGCAGGGUGAGGGGUACUGAGGGCAUUUCUCAUGGGCAGGAAGAGGCGCAGGCAGCCUCUCCCCCAGGUCCUGUCCCCUCCUCCCCCAGGGGCACAGGCAGGGGAUUGCAGCAUCAAUUUAAGUGGCAUUUUUUUUUGCACAUUUUACUCCCCUUUCAAACAAAAAAUCAACCUGACCCUCGCAUGGUACUGCGACCGCCUUUGCUGCCCUGUGUCUACACAGCAGGGUCAGGC